ACCUCGUCUCCUCGGACGAUUCUCCACAUCUUGAUCUGAUCCUUUGGUGCCACAUAUUUGGCUCUGGUGGGCUGGAGCUUAGUGUUGAUCAGACGACGCAUAUUAGAGACUAGUGAAGGCUGCAUGGUGGCGAUUUGUUGUCAGAGCCUAGUCUAGACGGAUUGAAUGGAUGGAGGAAAAAAAGGACGGACAACCAACAGUUUCUCCCUUCCACCCCGAAACUCACACGACUGAGCCUGUAAAGGCAGAGGGUUUGUUUUCAUCUGCUGUUCACCAAGCCACACGAAGCAGGCAAACCAACCUUCCCGCUCAUCUCACAAUCUCCACUUUCUCACUGAUUCCCUCAUAAAAAAACACGCUAUGCUCUUGUCCAUGUCAACGAUGGCCUCAUCAGCCAUCAGAACUGCAUCAAAACAAUGUCAAGUCCGUUGGAUUCAGGUUUCGGAUCGUGCGCUCAAUGUCAAGGGAGAAUCCAGUUCUGCUGCACCAAAAGCUAAGCGCACCGUUAUCUCCAGUGCGCCCGAAGGCGCGGUGCUCAAGGGCAUUAACUACAUGAAGGAUGGCAAGGAUCCAACCGCUCUUGCAGACAGUGCCUAUCCUGAGUGGCUGUGGGACAUUAUCGAUCCUGAAGUUCGGGCCGCCAGACUCGCUGAUCCCCUGGACAAGAAGCAUCAUAAAGAAGUCAGGAGACAGAAAAUCAAGGCUGACAACUUCAUUCGUGACAGGAAAACGUAAUCAAUUGGAGUAUCGCCCUGUCCUUGUCAUCAUUGUUUGGGGCUGGAGACAUUUCGUAUCAUACCUGAGGACAUGUCGAGUCAGAGUACGCCAAGGAAGUGUGGGAUUUAUGGGUCAAUCGACAAUGCAGUACAACAAUUUGGCAUCUUUUUAGAGAGCAUGCAAUAAAGCUCGUG